CCACUUGUGUCCUCGUCCCUUAGCGAUGCCGUCGAUGAGGUUGAUUGCACCACGGCUUGCGUUGUCUCCUAGCAAAAGAGCUGCAUCUCCUAGAGAGCGGGCAGUCUGAACGAGCAGAACUUGGAUGAGGAGAGCUUGCAGGUCUUCUGCUCUCGUACGGGCAGACGAGGCGGAGGCGCGAGAGGUGGAGGGUGGGUCGAUUGAGCGAAAGAGGGAGAGGAGGAGGUCCCUGGAGGAGCUGUGGGUGGAGCUUGUGCUGCUGGUGAGCUGCCGUGCUUCUGCCAAGUAGAGAAAUGAGAGCGCGAGGAAACAGAGAUGAUCAGAGGCAGAGACUUGAAUAUUCAAUAUUGAGCCUGAGAUGUCUACUUACCCGCAGGUCCAACCAGGCAGUCCACCACUUCCAUUCCUCCUUCAUUCCCAAAUACAUCUUCCAGUUUGAGCGGAAUGAAAUUCAGCCCAGCCUCUUCUCCGCCUUGCUCGCUGAUGAUCCCUCUUAUGGCAUCUGUCUGGUCUUGAGCGCCCGGCACGAGGGCCGAGUCGUCGAUGUAUAUCACGUCUAUGCGGGUCACCUCGACCGGCCUAGCUUUGCGAGGCUGCGCAGAGGAAGAGGAGGCCUGCUUCCUCGGUGGGGGAGCUAGCGAGCGAGUGGCGACAUUGAGCAGCGCUCUGGUGGAAACAAUUAGAGAGUC